AUGUCAGAACAAGUAUCCUUCUUCACUCUAUCACGUGAGCUCCGCGACAUGAUCUAUAAAUUCUAUCUCAUCGGCGACGGCGGCGGAUACUCCCUGAAUCAACAAUCGGGAAAGCUAGUCACCGCGGAAGGCCAUCUCAUCAACCUGGCUUUGGCCUACACCUGCAAAACUGUCGCUUCGGAGAUGCGCAACCUCCCUCUACAACUGAACGCUAUCCACAUUACAACAACCAACGAUGCUGAGAGGUUCUACGGCUCCAUAUAUCACUUUAGGUUCUUGUCAAAGCUGCAAGCCUUCUAUCGAAAUGAGCUUCCGCUGGUCGCACAGUCGUGCAUUGACGAACAAGUCUUGGAUGAGGUGAGAGCAGUCUAUCCGCACAUGUUGCCAAUCCUGCAUGCCAUUCAACAAGGACACAGGAAUCCUCAUCGCCUAGAUGGCUCCUGGGGCGAAGUGCCUUCGAUGUAUCGGCAAUGGGUUGCUGGUAUCUUAAAGCUCAUUUCAAAGCGCCCAGACUUCAAGCAUAUGAUUUCUCGCACCGCACUAAAACGGCUAGAACUUUCCGUUGAUGAGAUCAUCAACAUGGAUCAAACUCCUUGGGUUCUUCCCUCAGAAACGCAUCUGAAUGAGAUGUCUCGCGCUCUACUGGGCAACCCUGCACCUCCAGGAAUGCCAUCGCAGUCCUUUACUUUAGUCCUAGACGGUAGUCCAACCCCAGAAGCCACUGCGUGCGUGUUCAAAAUUGCUCAAAGGGACGCAGCAUGGCAGACAGCUUUCUUCCCAGCAUCUGCAUCUCACGCAGCAGAUCAAAACUACUCUUCUUGGGGUGAAAUGGUCCAAAAUCCCAGCUACAUCAUGCGAGGGUUUCCCGAGGCGAUACGUGAUAUCACCGAUAUGACCUCGUCGCUCAUUUCCUGUAACUUUGAGCCUGAAGUUGGCGGCAACAAAGAGGAGCUCAAGAAGAUACGCCCUACAUGGACGCUGGAGAAUUGGCGGAAGGAGUGGGCCGCUCAUCGACCUCAGGACUUUUCAACAGAACCACCGUUGCCUAGUUGGUUCAACCUUCGGAAAGAAGAACUGGGACCAGUAGAUGAGUACGAGGAAGUAGACGACGACGAUUGGGACAUGUUCUGA